CUCAAAGGUAGGAGCGACAGGGCGCUGAAAACCUCAGUAGCGCUGAACAUGUUUGGGGUGAGAAGGAAACAACAAGAUUUGGACCAUCAGAAUCAGGAUCAAAGAUGGGAUAGGGAGACGGCAGAUACAGAGAUGAAACGAGAGACUCCUGGCAUGCAGACUUUUUCGACGCAGUACAUGUCGGCUGCAAGGAAGGCCUCGAAGUUGUCCCCCUGCAGCUCUGGGAAAAGUGUUUCGUCUGAGCGAGGGGGCCCGUGGAAUAAAGGCUCAGUGUCCCGCCUUCAAGCUAUCUCCAGUGAAACCCAGAGCAUGACUGCAGAGCUGGCAGCGACUUCAAAGAUUCCCCACAGUGCAAAGGCCCCCCUGGCAUCCAGAUCUUUUUUGCGUCGCCUUUUCCAAGGCAAUAAAGACAAAGUACACCCUGCACAGUAUCACAACAAGCACAGGCCUGAGCAUGUGAAGGACAGAGUAUUAAACGGAUCCACCCAUGGGGAAGCAAGCAAGCAAACACAAAUCCAAGACAUCCUGAGGAGCAAGAACGAGAUGAAACACCUUUUCAGCAAAACAAACACUGAGGAGAUCAUAGACCCUGAGCGCCCCACCAGUUCUGAGACUCUGGACUUCCUGGGAGGUGUCCCCACUGUCCCACGUCUUUCCUCAUUUGAUAUGCUGUCCAGAGAAUCUGAAGAAGGGGAGGCAGAUGAUGGCCUGUUCUCCCGGGAUGCGUACAAACAGAGCAGCUCAGCCUCAGCUACUCUCUCUCACAGCACUCACUGCCUGCAGUCUUUCAGUUCCCAGUUAAGUACGUUUUCAGGUGGAGCAUCAGUUUGUAAUAGUGAUGGAUACAGUCUCAUUCCUCUCCUGGAGCAAGCAAGGCAACCUCAUGUGGCACCACUGCCACCUAUCACCAACAGAGUCAGGAGGAGUUUCGUGGCUUGCACACACCAACAUCUCCCUGAGCUUCAAAGCAGGUGGCGAACAUCACAGACAAGCCUGGCCUCCUCACUCAGGCCUAGCUGCUGUCAGAGGCAGUCUACUCUGGUCAACAGGGAAGAGGACGCUGUUCAGAAAGGAACCAUUACCACUGACAGACCGCAGCCUUCCAGUGAGGCCUGGAGUCCAAGUACCUCUGGACAGCUAGAUAAUCUGAAUACGGAUGAUAUGAUGGCGUUAAGUGACAUCGGAGUACACGAUCAAGAAUGUCAGGCAACCCAGGGAGAAGCGACCGCUGUUCAAAACGCCCAGUCUCUGCAAGAUGGCAACAAAGAGAUUGUAUGCAGACUCACACAAAGGUCAUUAGUCGAGUUGUCUAACGAAGAGGAUGAGGAUCAGUGUCGGAUCUGCCACGGUGACGACAGUUCACCAACCAACCCACUGAUAUCACCCUGCCUGUGCUCAGGAAGUCUGCAGUUCAUUCACCUCCACUGCCUGAAGAGAUGGAUCCAGACGAAACUCGAGUCCGGGUCAGAGCUCUAUAUUGUCAAAAGAUGUGAGCUUUGCCUGGGGGGACUAACACUGGCCCCGGAUACGUUCGACUUGGACGAUUACUGCAGAAGUCAUAACGAAGAGGUAGACAUCACUUUACAACUUCAUGUCCGAGAAGUAGCUGAGAUGGUGAACCUCAGCUCAUCGCUCUCCAGAGCUUUCCUGCACAGCACAGUUCCCUCCGCAGUCCCCAGGACUCGGAUGUGGACGAUGCUUAACUACAUAAUGAGGAUGCGAAGAAUCCGAGACGGGAGGAACCUCUCACCAGAGCCCUCUGACACCUGAUCUUCAGCCAUUCUCCAUUUCUUAACAUCUUGGUUAAUGGGGAGCUAAACAAGAGUAUUACAAUAAACCACAAUGCAUCAAAGUGAGCCGGUCAAUGUA